AUGAAUGACGGCAAUAUCUCAACUAGCGAAGACGUCGAUGAUCUCACGUCAAGGGUGGACAGCAAACGACCUGGAGGCAUCAGCCGUCGCCCUAUGAGCCCUAUAGAGAGGUUGGACUACUGUGAGGCUGCGUUGACCAGUACUGAUAAGGGGAGGUUUAUGGAAGCUGUUAAAGGGAAAGCUGUGGGGAAAAUAUGGAAGAUUGUGUACGACCAGCUUUCGGAUACCAUGAACGCCCUGAGGGCCUUGGACCGAGAAAAUGGCAAAAUGUAUGCUGAAUUGCAGGAGCAGUUGAGGCUCCAGGCCGAGACUGUACGUAUGUAUUUCAUGGACUUGAGACGCCGUAUAGUGGAGGCUCGAGGCGAUGACGAGGCAGAAGCCCUUCGACUCUUGGAUGGUCGACUUGAGGUUGUCUUUGGUGACCUCGAUAGGUACGUUGGUACUUUCGUUGAGCCUAGUCACCUGAACCUCGCCAGUGAACAUUAUGAACGCUGUCUACUCCUCCUUGGCCCUCACGAGUCACCAGCAGUCUGUCUUCUCUCGAUCACAGCCGGCCUGCAGCGUCGGAGGCUUUCUAAGAUCUGCUAUGACCUACUCCGACACAAUCCACAGCGUGAUGGACCUGACCAUCUCAUAUCGAAAAUGACGACCACCAUGAGGCAUCUGGCAGAGGUUCCUGAGCCCGCUCGCCCAUUCGCGAAGUCAAUCUUGACCGAGUGCAUCUCGAGUCUGCGUCGAGAGCCCCUCAACGUUGAGCCGCUGAAACUAGCCGGUUUGGUAAUGGUGGAUGAGCCCGCGCGGGCGUCUCCGGGGACUUGGCACUGGUUGGUGUUGUUGAUCGCGGCAUUCACAUUGUCGGUUACGGAGGAGGAACGUGGGCGGGUGAAGUCGCUGAUCUUGUCAAUAGGAGAAGCAUUGGCGCUGGAGCCUGCUAUAGAGGCUAGUCGUCUCUCGAACUCCGCCCUAUGGUGCUCUCUACUGCUCUGUCUCCAAUUCAUGGGCUCACAUUGGCAUGGUGACGCGGACGUCGAUGGGAUCGUGAAGGCUCACUGUGCUGAAUACGCGGUUGUCUUUGGUGACCUCGAUAGGUACGUUGGUACUUUCGUUGAGCCUAGUCACCUGAACCUCGCCAGUGAACAUUAUGAACGCUGUCUACUCCUCCUUGGCCCUCACGAGUCACCAGCAGUCUGUCUUCUCUCGAUCACAGCCGGCCUGCAGCGUCGGAGGCUUUCUAAGAUCUGCUAUGACCUACUCCGACACAAUCCACAGCGUGAUGGACCUGACCAUCUCAUAUCGAAAAUGACGACCACCAUGAGGCAUCUGGCAGAGGUUCCUGAGCCCGCUCGCCCAUUCGCGAAGUCAAUCUUGACCGAGUGCAUCUCGAGUCUGCGUCGAGAGCCCCUCAACGUUGAGCCGCUGAAACUAGCCGGUUUGGUAAUGGUGGAUGAGCCCGCGCGGGCGUCUCCGGGGACUUGGCACUGGUUGGUGUUGUUGAUCGCGGCAUUCACAUUGUCGGUUACGGAGGAGGAACGUGGGCGGGUGAAGUCGCUGAUCUUGUCAAUAGGAGAAGCAUUGGCGCUGGAGCCUGCUAUAGAGGCUAGUCGUCUCUCGAACUCCGCCCUAUGGUGCUCUCUACUGCUCUGUCUCCAAUUCAUGGGCUCACAUUGGCAUGGUGACGCGGACGUCGAUGGGAUCGUGAAGGCUCACUGUGCUGAAUACGCGGUCAGUGCGGCAGAGGAGCCUUGGGCCUCGGCUGUGGAGACUGAUAUUUUCUGCAAGAGCAUGCAGCCUGCUAAGCUCAGUAGGUAUCCUAGCGCUACUAUGGCGAGUCGACUUGUUGAAAUUUGUCUACACAUCUCUACAAAGCCUAGGGCUCGUGGCGUGUUAUCGAUUCCGAAAGAAUUGAAUCUGAAGAAAACCUCUGAGCCGACGGUUAAGAACCAGUUAGAGAAUAGUAAUAGUAAGAAGACUGCAAGCGACCAACAAGAAAAGCUUGGACGGUCGAGACUAGUCCUCGAUCAGAGUUCCUCAAGAAGUGGACGCCGUGCUGAUAGAUGGGGAAACCUGUUGUUGGGAGACUCUGUGGAUAGAAAUACUGCGAGGGUGCGCUGUCACGCUCACGGUAGAGAUGAGAUGGCGUCCGAGGCGGAUUAUAAACCGCUUGUGCUGAUCGAUGGGCCUAAUGUGGCUAACAGACAUGGUGGGCAGCAGUUCACGUGUAAAGGGUUGCAGAUAUGCGUCGACUAUUACGUUUCUAGAGGCCAUGAGGUUUUGGUAUUCCUUCCGGACUAUCUGGUCAAUCGCAAUGAGCUAUUUAAACUUCGUAAUGCACAGAAGAUGAGAGUUCAGACGAUGCACGGCAUCAAGGCGGCGCCAACCCAUAUACCAGUAGAUAACAUCGGUUUUCUACUCAAGCUACAGACUCAGGGACGACUGGCACUGACCCCGUCUAAGGAUUAUGAUGAUUCCUAUUGUCUACAGUAUGCUCAUAAGAAGGAUGCUGUUAUAGUCUCCAACGACAUGUACCGCGAUUGGGUGAAGAAGCAACCUUCGUGGAGGAAGGGCGAGUCGAUUCAGUGGCUGCGUACGCACGUGGUCAGCUAUACUUUCGUUAGAGAUGAGUUCAUGCCCAACCCAGAUUUUACCAUGCCGGAACCGCGGACCGAACCGCCAGUGUGA